AAACAAGGUCAACUGUCAAACCAAUUCUCAUUGUGUGCAAUCGAAAUUUAAUUGAUUUUGAUUAACUGCUCCCUUCCUGCAGACUAGUUUUUAUUGGCCGCAAAGGCCCAAAACCUACACCACUGCCAUCAAAACCUUUUCUUGCUACGUCGGUGAGCGCAAAACCCCCCGCGAAAGCUGAAGUAGUGAGAGUUUUUUUUUUCUAUUGUUGUUGGUAUCAGUUAAAAGAAUGUCACCACCAGCAAGAAGAUUGUGGCUGUGAUACGCGGGGCUGCGUGAGAUAAUACGGUGUGGCACGAUGGGCACUCGAAUACAAUUUGCUGAACGUUGCGGCUGCAUUCGAUACCGCAGGAAAUGCGAUAACACCAGCCUAGCGUAAGUGGUAGCGGUUCAGCCAUAGACCGGGGGGUCGCGUUUGUGUGAAAGAAAAGUUAGAACGUACAGAGCAACGUGCUUCGGACAAAAACACGUCGGACCGAUCCGGGAGCAGCACCACCGAUGGCUCAAUCAUUUACCUGGUUUCCGGUGAACCACCUCAGCAGCACCAAGAGCAACGAGCGCCUGCAAAACCCGUACGAAUGUCCGUCGGUACCAUUGUGUUCAGCGAACGAUGUGCAGCUCCGGUUUCUCUGCCCGGACGAUCUCGAGGAGGUGCGAACACUGUGCCAGGAUUGGUUUCCCAUCGAUUACCCGCUCUCGUGGUAUGUGGACAUUACCUCCAGCACGCGCUUCUUCGCCUUGGCAGCGAUCUACAACUUUAGCAUCAUUGGGCUGAUAGUGGCCGAGAUCAAAUCGUACAGCAAACUCAACAAGGAGGACCGUGGCAUUAUUCCGGAAUCGAUGGGACGGGAUGCCGAGAUUGGCUACAUUCUGUCGCUGGGUGUGCAUCGAAAGUACCGCCAAAAUGGCAUUGGCUCGUUGCUGCUGGAUUCCCUCAUUAACCACCUGACGACUGCGGAGCGGCACAAGGUGAAGGCCAUUUUUCUGCACGUGCUAACCACGAACCGUACCGCCAUUCUUUUCUACGAACGAAGAGGAUUUGUUCUUCACUCCUUUUUGCCUUACUAUUACUCAAUCCGAGGAAAGUGCAAAGAUGGUUUCACUUACGUGUCCUACAUCAACGGGGGCCAUUCGCCUUGGAGCUUAUACGAUUAUUUGAAGUACUGGUGUUCCCAGGUUCUAACUGCCGGUGGACUUUGCCCAUGGAUCUGUGGCCGAAUGCGGACGGCCUUUCGCUGGGUAUGCUACCGUACGAUUGGGCGGUUUCAUCUUCAGCAGGACGAAUAGAUAGAUCGGACCCGAAGCACAGGAGAGUGGUCGACCUAUCGCAAAUAUCGCCACAUCAAUCAACCCAGCAAACAGUUCACUGUUUCAGUUUUCUCUUUUUCGUUCCAUCGUCCGGGUAGAUUUUGAAACUCUUCCAUCGUUUUCCAUCGAUUGUCGUUUGUGUCCUCCCAACGAGAUAUGAUUCUGCUACACCCUCCUCUACCAUUACCUUCCGCAAAGUUUAACGUAUCCUCAGCAUACAAACACACGCACACAUACUAUUACAGUCGACAGCAUUUUCACGUGCAUCGAGAUCGUUUUAUCGCAAGUGUUCAUUCAACUGCGAUCGCGAUGUUUGUCUGCACACGAACAAGCGCAAACACAUCCAUUUAGCGAACAUGCACAAGUAGUUGGCCAUCCUUUUUUGUUAAAUUAGGUUUAACAGGCUACGUUCGGAAUGAAGGAACCGCAAAUUGUGAUGCGAUUGUAUGUUCUUUUGUCAGUACGCAAGUAGAAACCAAACGCCCGCAAGUGGUCUCGUUGUCAUAUCAGUAAGCAUUUUAUUUGUGAUAUUACAUUCUUCAUCAUCAGCCAGAGAGAGAGAGAGAGAGGGAGAGAUAUAAGAGGAACGAGGAACAAGGAGGGAUAAAAAACAUAAAAAGAUUGAAAACAGAGAAAAGGUAUAGAAAGAGAGUUCUCUCGACUAAAGGAGACUAUAGUAGAUUGUACGAAACACUAGAGGAGCAUAUUUUUAAACCCGCUGUACAUAUGGUAACGCAACAAACCAACUGACCAACAAAGUGUGUAGCAAAUCGAAAGACAAAGAAGCUAAGUCAUUUACGUUGAAAAGAUAUACUAUCGAUGGGCUAGAGAGCUGUAAUAUAGCCAACAAGCUGUAGUCGUUUUAUAUGUGUGAAUCGUAUAUAUAGAUAAGGACAUGGUGUGAAUAUUGUGUAAGAUGAAGCUGUUGAGUAAACAAACCCGUUCAGCUUCUUAUUCGCGUUGAUUUGAAUGGUUUUUACUGAACGGAGGAAAAGACAGAUGUACAUCUUGUUGUGCCUGUUGGAGUUAAUAGCGUACUACUGUUUGUUCUUUGCCGCAUGAUAAUUUAAUUGAUCUUUUUUUUAAUUUAUUCAAAUUUGGACGUUUUAAAGGGGAGCUUUGUUAGUGAAAUGGAAGUUAGUUUUAUUAAUGAGGGUCGAUUCUUUUAAAACUACACACAAAAUUACGUUGAACAACGGUGCUAGAGGUGUAUCAGUUACAGCCAUUUAGAGGGAUGAUGUAAAAGAGAGAGAAGAAAAUGAAUCAAAUCAAAUAACAGAACAAGAACACGUUUGCUGUGGCCUUCCCGAAAUACAAGCCUCUUAGCAAAAGGACAGGAAGAAAGAAAAGACAGUUUACGCGUGAACACCACACCACCAACACCCAACACACCCCGCAGCCGCAGUGGUGCGCCAGAUUAUUAUGUAUUUGCAUGUGUUACAGCAUCGAAGAUGAUAUUUAUUGAGCCUAAGCAAAAACACGCCACAUACAAAACGGUCGCGACAUGGCCACCGUACAACCGUGAAAGACAAAAGGAGGAGGGGGGAGCGUAACGGUCAACGGAAUCUGUUUACAACAAAAGUUAUGCCAAAAAUAUAGUGUAAUGAGUAUGUAAUUUA